AUGAAGUUUUCUCAUUCUUUACAGUUUAAUGCUGUUCCUGAGUGGUCUUCUAAAUAUAUUGCUUAUACAACUUUGAAAAAGCUUAUCUACUCCUUGCAGAGAGAUCAACUUCAUCAGGCGCAUGCUUUAGAAGACGAAGAGUCCAGUCACUUGAUCCUGAAUGAACAUCGUACAUUCAAAGACCCCGGGGUCGUAUUCCUUGCUGCUUUAGAUGCCGAGUUGAAAAAGAUUGAUGAAUUCUAUCAACGUCAAGAGAAGUUUGUUUUGAGCAGUUUGGAAAUCUUGGUAAAAGAUAUUGAAGACUUUGAACAGGAUUUAGACUCUGGAAGAAAGAACAGUGGUGAAUUUGGUGAAUUUUCCUUGACUCAUUCUAGGAGCCAAGAGGAGGAUAUCCCUAAAGCUCGUAACUUUUCUGGUAUGAGCCAGACAGACCCUGGGGACCAUUCUGAAGUGACUGAAGAUGAGAACCUUGUGAAUUCGAAAACCGUGGAAAACUAUUUGAAAUCACCCAAAAGUCCAGGUCUAUGGGGCCACACAGAUAACCUUCCACCCCAACUUCUUUUGCUUACAGAAACAAGGAUUUUAUUGAGGAAGAGAGUCAUUGCAUUAUACACAACUAUGUCCGAGUUGAAAUCGUUUAUCGAGUUGAACAAGACAGGGUUUAAGAAGGCGUUAAAGAAGUUUGACAAGUCUUUGAACACCAAUUUGAAGGACGAGUAUUUGGAUAAUUUAUCGAGAAAGACGUACGUUUUCAGAGAUGAGACCGCAAACAAACUCGAUGGCACUUUAGAUUCGGUUAUAAAGUUGUAUCAGAUCAUCUGUAAUCAUGGUGAUAUUGAAACUGCUAAAUCCGAAUUAUCUAUUCAUUUAAGAGAGCAUGUUGUUUGGGAAAGAAAUACAGUUUGGAGGGAUAUGAUUGGAUUAGAAAGAAAAAACUAUGCCACAAAGACUGGUACAGAAAAGAACUCGAAGGCAGAUAAAACCGUCAUCGAUACUUUUAAUCUAUCACUCAAAAAUCCUAUUGUGAUACGUUCAAUUUUGAUCACAGUUGUGACUUUGAUCUUAUUGAACGUUCUGAUAUUUGAGGAUCCACAGCAAGAGAAGUGUUUCGCUCUCAUGGUAUGUGCAUCCUUGUUAUGGGCAACCGAGACAAUCCCAUUGUUUGUCACGUCAUUGUUGAUUCCCUUGUUAAUUAUAAUAUUCGAGGUAUUGAAGAAUGAUGACGGAACGGCCAUGAAUGCUGUUGAUUCCUCCAAGUACAUUUUAGGAACUAUGUGGAACUCAGUCAUCCUUUUAUUAUUAGGCGGGUUUACUUUAGCUGCUGCUUUGUCAAAGUAUCAAAUAGCAAAGUCAAUCUCAACUGAGAUAUUAUCCAGAGCUGGGACCAAUCCAUCUGUUGUUUUGAUCACCAUCAUGGGAAUAGCGCUAUUCACGUCCAUGUGGGUGUCAAAUGUUGCUGCUCCCGUUUUGUGCUUCUCUUUAAUUCAGCCACUAUUGAGAACUUUACCAAAGGACUCUACGUUCAAGAAUGCCUUGAUCUUGGGUAUUGCACUAGCUUCAAACAUUGGAGGCAUGGCUUCUCCUAUUGCAUCUCCGCAAAAUAUAAUUGCUAUUGAGGCUAUGGAUCCUCAACCAAGCUGGGGACAGUGGUUUGUGAUCGCGCUUCCAGUUUGUGUGGUAGCUUUGGUCUUGGUUUGGGUGUUCUUGUUAAUUACUUUCAAAUGCACUUCUAAAAACACCAAGUUAGUUUCCAUUAGAACCAUUGAUGAAAAGUUCACAUUAAUUCAGUGGUAUAUCAUCUCAGUUUCUGUGUCAACCAUUGUAUUAUGGUGUGUUGCAUCUAAAUUACAAGGAAUAUUUGGAGAAAUGGGAAUAAUCUCAUUACUCCCAAUCGUUUUGUUCUUCGGCCCAGGAUUAUUGACCACGGAAGAUUUUAAUAACUAUCCGUGGAACAUUGUCAUUUUAGCCAUGGGAGGGACCGCUUUGGGAAAAGCUGUUUCAUCUUCGGGAUUAUUGAAAACAAUUGCUAUCGGUAUUCAACAUGAAGUUGAAGACUUCUCUUUGUUUGGAAUUGCUAUUACUUUUGGUCUAUUGAUUUUGAUAAUGGCUACGUUUGUUAGUCACACAGUUGCAGCGUUGAUCACUGUUCCAUUGGUGUCUGAAAUAGGUGCAAACUUGCCUGACCCACACCCAAGACUUUUGAUCAUGAUCACUGCUUUAUUAUGCUCGAGCGCAAUGGGAUUACCAACUUCUGGUUUUCCUAAUGUCACUGCCAUUUGUAUGACCGAUGAGUUUGGUAAUCCAUACUUGACAGUCGGCACAUUUAUUACAAGAGGUAUACCAAGUUCAAUAAUCACGUACUUUGUGGUUAUCACCAUAGGUUUUGCGACCAUGAAGCUCAUUAAUUUCUAA